AGGAACCGCAGAGCCUAAGUUUUUUUUUUCCUCCCCCUCCGACUGCAAGAAUUGCUCCAGGAUCCACUCGCUUUGCGGAUUACCAGCUCGCUCCUACGCCGCCGCCCCGGAUCCCGUUCAGCAUCCUGAAUCCAUGAAGUGCUUUUGGACCGGCGUUUUGUUCUCCUUGGUGGCGACAGACGUUGUUGCCCUUCAAUGCUACUCCUGUAACGGGAACAGCGACUGCUGGGAUACGGAAACAUGUAAAGAGCACCAGCAGAUGUGCAAAACCACCGUUAUGACCAUAAUAAGUCGCAUCUCUGGGAACUAUUCAGUGGUCAAAGGUUGUGCAUCCCCUUCCUGGUGCGACAGUCCCUACACCUCCAUCUACAAGAACCUAGGCAGCGUAGAAACCCACUGUUGUACUGGUGAUCAGUGCAACAGCUUGAUCAUUGAUGGACAGCUAAAACCAUCUCCAAGGAGCCAAGCCAGCCACUUUACCUUGGCCCAUCACACUAUUAUGUCAACGAGUCUCCUGCUUUUUAUAGUUUUUCUCCUUUCUUGAGGAAGCUCCUGAUCUCCAAGAGGAAGACGGACACUUACUCCAGAUCUGGACCAAGUAGGACUUAGAACUAAGACUUUUUCUACUCUCCUCAAUAUUUAAUACAGCUGGGAGCAAACGGGGCUCCUUCUGAGAGCCCCUAUUUAUGCAGGAUGUACACCUCACACCAUUAAAGAGACCACCACCACCACCACCCUACAAAACCAGGGGUGAAGAGACCAUUCUUGGA